AUGGCGGACGAAAAUAUAGUUUUUGCGACGGUAGGGAGCACAAGUUUUGAUCGUCUCGUGGAAACUUUAACGAGCAAGCCAGUUCUCAAUGUGCUCGAACGUUUAGGAUACACCAAACUUGUGGUUCAAAUAGGAAGAGGGAAAUAUGAGCCGGAAUGCUUCGAGAAAAAGAGCUUUGCGUUGGAGUUUUACCGUUACAAGGAUUCGCUGAAAGAUGAUAUGAGUAGAGCAUCGUUAAUUAUUAGCCACGCAGGAGCUGGUUGCAUAACAGAGUCAUUGGAGCUGUGCAAGCCACUGAUUGUUGUUGUGAACGAGAAACUAAUGGACAACCAUCAAUUUGAACUCGCCAGACAACUGGCAAAAGACGAACAUUUAGUUUAUUGCAUUUGUGAUGACUUAAAAGAUGUUCUUGAAAAGAAAAACCUUUCCUGCCUCAAAGGAUUAAUGCCUGGAGAUCCUAAACUGUUUGGAAACUUUCUGGAUGAUUUUAUGGGCGUAAAGAGUGUGAAAUAAUAUUAGAACUAAACCCCAAUGAAGAUCUUCUUAAUGGUAUAGUUUCAGUAAGAAGUUAUUGAAAUCUGUUUGUUAAAACCAUAGAUUAUCUAGAACCAUUAGAUUUUCUGUUUAAGGGAAAGUUAUGGUCCAUAAUGUAAACAGUGACUUGACAGUGUUUAGAUUUUGUUUACAGCUGUAUUUCUCAAAAUAUGAUUAAUUGUCUGCAUAUUUAACACAAUAUUGAAUUGCUCAACAUCUAAAUCAGUAUGAACUUGAGUUACUGCACAGAAAAAAAUGAGCAUUUUAUAAAAAAUCAAAACGCCCAUGUUAUGAAAAUGCAGAGGCAAUGGACAGAAUGUAAUCCCUGUUAUAAAAACUAUUGAAUUAACAUAUUAAAAAUGAUGAAA